UAUACACCUCACUUUACCUUCGCCAUACUUGCAUCGAGUGACAUCAUUCUAUGGAACCCAAAUUUAAGAAAGAGAAAGAAAGUAAACGUGAAGGAGAACACGUUCACUACGUAAAGCGUAAGUCAGAGAAGGAAGAAUAGAACUACUGAGGAUUCAGAGCACAGCGCUCAGUCGUUAACGAAGCAUCGAAAUUGUUGGUUCGGUAGUACUUGUGGACAAGCUUAGAACGUAAUUCCUAAAAUAAAUAAAAAUGGUUUACCAAAUUAAGAAUGCCAGUGAUUUAAAAAAUCAGCUUGAAAAAGCUGGAGAUCAAUUGGUUGUAAUUGAUUUCUUUGCUAUGUGGUGUGGUCCAUGCAAAAUGAUUGGACCUAAAGUAGAAGAGUUAUCAAUGGGAAUGGAAGAUGUUAUUUUUUUGAAAGUUGAUGUAGAUGAAUGCGAAGAUAUUGCUGGUGAAUACGAAAUUACCAGUAUGCCUAUUGUUUUCAUCAAAAACAGCAAAGUGCUGGAAAACUUUUCUGGUGCUAAUUAUGAUAAACUUAAAAGCACAAUUCAGAAGCACAAAUAAAUAAAUAAUUUUAAUAAUAAAAAUAUUUUUAAACAGAAUUAUCUAUUAAUUAAUAUUAAUCAACAAAAAUGAUUAGCAAAAACUUCUUAUACUCUUAUACUCUUACCUCUCUUACUUAUUAAAAAUAAAGCCAUUUAUUAUUUGCAAAAUAAAGGUAAAAAAAUAUAUAAAUUUCUAUUAAUACAUUGUCAAUUUUAUUAUACAUAUUUUGUUUGCAAAAUAAAAUAUAAUCAGCUUAUAAAAAUAUGCAUCAAUAUUUUUUAUCUUAUUAUCUAAUAAUGUAAAAAAUUAAUUAUUAAAUUUAUUUAUAUAUUUAUAUAAUUGCAUAUAAUUAUAACUAGUACAUUAUUAAAUAUAGGAUUAUUGAUAUUUAAUACAUUUAUACAAUUGCACCGUUCUCUUGUUUAUGUAUUUUCACUAAUAAUGAACAUAUUCCAGUACCAGAUUUGCAAGGUUGACCUAACAUUAAUCGACUAGAAGGAGAUUCCAAAUUAUCUCGUUUUCCUAUAAA